CGCCCCGACCCGAGCGAGGGCUCGGUCCGUGCCCGCCCCGCGAGGCAGCGCCCGGUGACCCCGCGCCAUGGCCUCGAUGCUGGGAGCCUACCCGUGGCCCGAGGGUCUCGAGUGCCCGUCUCUGGAAGCCGAGCUGUCGCCGCCGCCCGCCCCGAGGCCCGCGGGGGACAAGGGGUCCGAGAGCCGAAUCCGGCGGCCCAUGAACGCCUUCAUGGUGUGGGCCAAGGACGAGCGGAAGCGGCUGGCGGUGCAGAACCCGGACCUGCACAACGCCGAGCUCAGCAAGAUGCUGGGCAAGUCGUGGAAGGCGCUGACGCUGUCGCAGAAGAGGCCGUACGUGGACGAGGCGGAGCGGCUGCGGCUGCAGCACAUGCAGGACUACCCCAACUACAAGUACCGGCCGCGCCGCAAGAAGCAGGCCAAGCGCCUGUGCCGCCGCGCCGACGCGGGCUUCCUGCUCAGCUCCCUGGCGCGGGACCAGAACGCGCUGCCGGCCCCGGCCUCCCCGGCCGGGAAGGAGGAGCGGGGUGAGUACCCCCCGGCCGCCCUGCCCAGCCUCCGGGCCUGCUACCCCGAGGGCCCGGCCGGCGGCGGCGGCGGCGCCCCUGCGGACAUCUACCCCUACGGGCUGCCCACGCCCCCCGAGAUGUCGCCGCUGGACGCCCUGGAGCCCGAGCAGACCUUCUUCUCCUCCCCUUGCCAGGAGGAGCUCGCCCACCCCCGCCGCAUGCCCCCCCUGUCCGGGUCCCCCUACCCCCCGGACUUCGCCGCCAGCCCCCUCCCCUGCAGCCAUCCCCUGGGGCCCCUGGCCAUGAUGUCCCCGGCUCCUGGGUGCCCCCCGUCUCCGGCUUACUACGCCCCGGCCCCCUACCACCCGCUGCACGCCGGCCUCCAGGCCCCCCUGGGCCAGCUGUCCCCGCCGCCCGAGCACCCCGGCUUCGACGCCCUGGACCAGCUGAGCCAAGUGGAACUGCUGGGGGACAUGGAUCGGAAUGAGCUCGACCAGUACUUGAACACUCCCGGCCACCCCGACGCCGCCCUGGGGCCGGGGACCCUCGGUGGGCACGCGCCCCUCUCCCAGGGGACUCCCGCGGGCCCCACGGAGACCAGCCUCAUCUCCGUGCUGGCCGACGCCACGGCCGCGUACUACAACAGCUACAGCGUGUCCUAGGGUGUGUCACGGGGGGGCACAGAGACCGCGCCGGGGCAGCACACCGUCCGCCCGCCCCCCCCGUCCUGAAGCGGGGGUGGACCCUACUCACCGGCUCCUCGCACCCGCGGCC